UCAUGACGUUUUGAUGACGCAAUACGUAUUACACGUGCCUGAACGCGGAAGUGAGCGGCGGCGGCAGAAACAAGCGAGGCGACUUGUUUGGGCUUGUUGGCCGGUUAAAAGAGAAAGCCUUCAUUAUUCUAAAACAAAACCAACAACAGGACUGACUGACAAAGUCGUGGAACAAAAAGACAGUGUGACAUUACCAAAGACAGGAACAGAAAGCAAACAGACAUCAUGACAGUAAGACAUGCAAUGAUCCGACGGUGAGCGAGGGGCAGACAGGACUUAAAUACAAAACUCGUUACAUCGAUUGAGACGACACAGGAAGAGAGGGGCGACGCCAACAGAAACUAUGGCAACCUAGACACAUAGCAAAACUGGGGACGAGACAUGACAAAUCUCCCUCCAAAUAAAACAUCACCUUUCUUCUUGUUUGUUGUCAAUGGCGCAUCGCAUUCAGCCAUCCUGCCCAACACACUUACUCGGUAAAAUUCAUAAUUGACGACACAUCGUUUGAUGCCAUGGUGCAAUCCUUGAUGGUGUGUUAUUGUCAAAUAUUGUUUGUUUUUUAAUCUCCAUCACGGACCGGACGUCAUACGGAGGCCGCCAUUACAAAUGCGCAGAACGGAUGCGCAAGACACGUCAGCUAUAUAAAGAGCGAGACUUCAGUUCUCUACCUAAAUCCGUAUUACAGGAGAACGCCGUCAACGGCGACCACCUGUGGAUGGAGACCAGCUGCUCGGGCGAACUCUGCUACCUCGGGGAGGACGCCUGCCUGCUCAAGGCUGCGAAGUCUGCGCCCAGGAAGAAGUGCGCCGCCUGCAAGAUCGUCGUCCACACCAGCUGCACUGAGCAGCUGGAGAAGAUCCACUUCAGGUGCAAGCCGACUUUCAGGGAAGGAGGCUCGCGGUGCCCGCGAGAUGUAAGUCUCCCGACGGGAGGUCCGAGCGGGGCCAGGUGUAAGGCGGCGCUGUCGUCUGCUCUCUGCCGGCAGAACGUGCUGAGGCACCACUGGGUGCACCGCCGGCGCCAGGACGGCAAGUGCAAGCAGUGCGGGAAGGUCGGUGGCAGCUACGCAGGCAGGCCGGCAAAAUGGCCGCCCGCCCGCCUGCCCCAUCAAACGGUCUCUGCGAGCGACAUCCCUUUCCGUCCUCGUCUUUUGUUUGUCCUUUCCUUCCGCAGAGCUUUCAGCAGAAGUUCUUUCACAGUUAAGAAAUCAUCGCCAUCAGCUGUUCGUGGUGCGAGCAGGCUGUGAGUUGGGCUCAAAUUGGAAUUCUCGCGUGCGAGCGGGCUUGCCCACCAUCUGAGCGAAAUGCCGUCAGACUAGAAACAAAACACCCAUCCAUGAGUCAUCCAUCACCUUAUCGUGGUGGAGGGGUUUACGUGCUCCUAUUAUCCUAAGAGCCAUGUUGUCUGGGGCUUCAUGCACCUGGUAGGGUCACCCAUGGCAAACGGGUCCUAGGUGAGGGGCCAGACAAAGCACGGCUCACACGAGCCCCUUAUUACAAACAAAAGAAACAAACAAAAUAAAUGGAUCCCGUUUUCCCUCGCCCGGACGCAGGUCGCAGGGGCCACCCUCUGGAGCCAGGCCUGGAGGCGGGGCUCGAAGGCGAGCGUCUGGUGGCCGGGCCUUCGCCCAUGGGGCCCGGCCGGGCACACCCCGAAAAGGAAACGUGGGUCCCCCUUCCCAUGGGCUCACCACCUGUGGGAGGGGCCAAAGGGGUCAGGUGCAGUGCGAGCUGGGCGGCGGCCAAAGGCAGACCUUGGCGGUCUGAUCCCCGGCUGCAGAAGCUGGCUCUUGGGACAUGGAAUGUCACCUCUCUGGCUGGAAAGGAGCCCGAGCUGGUGUGCGAGGCAGAAAAGUUCCGACUAGAUAUAGUCGGGCUUGCCUCCACGCACAGUUUGGGUUCCGGUACAAGCCCUCUCAAGAGGGGCUUGACUCUCUUCCACUCUGGAGUUGCCCACGGUGAGAGGCGUCGAGCAGGUGUAAGUAUACUUAUUGCCCCCCGGCUGGGCGCCUGCACAUUGGGGUUCACCCCGGUGAACGAGAGGGUAGCCUCCCUCCGCCUUCGGGUGGGGGGACGUGUAACCCAGGUUAACAUAGCCUUGUAAAAUAAGAGCCUAUUAAUAAAAACAGUCAAAAGAAAGUACAUUGUAAAUAUCUUCUAAACAGAUUAAAAGCGUGUAAAAUAUUAAAACAAUACAAAUUCAUUAUUUUAUUAUUGUUUUAUAUUUGAUAAAAUGACAAAAGUGUGAACAUUCACUUUUAUUUUGAAGGAGACAUGAUGACCUAAGAAAAAAGACCCAUGUGACCAAAAAUGCAAACUCUACUUUUUUUCUUUCCCGCCGUCUUUUUUUUUGGGAGAUGACGACGAAGGUGAUACGGGAGUAAGUCCGUUCAACUAAAGAGAGAGAGAGAACGUGACACAGGAUUAUAUAAAGUUUUUGUAUUUGAUGGACUUAUUUUUCUGUUUCCAAACUUUUUCCACCUUGGUGAUGCACUAAGUGCGGAACGGGACUUGAUUCACGAGAGUUGGUUCAGAAACCUCUGAACUAAUAACGAAGCUGAUUUCUUGUGCGAGUCGCAAGAUGGCGAGCCACCAAAGAGGCCUUUGAAUUGUCUCUCACGCAGGAGCGGAGAGCACUUGCUGGACGUGGUUCAUCGAACCUGGUAGGAUCUAUCCCUAAUUUUUUUUCCCACUGCUACACCGAGGUGGAUUCGGAAAGGAUCGAUUGACUAUUCAGGAACAAAGCAGGAGAAACCAACUGAAGGGAUAUAGAGACAUUUGGAUAUCGAAAGUCGUUCAGUCUUUUGCUGAAUUGUUUUGAGUUUUGUACAUUUUGUCACUUUUAUUUUUGUGAACUAUUUAUAUAUAUAUGAUGAUGCUGUAAUGGUGUUAUUGAAAUAUUGAUUGGUUUGAACAAAAUCAGUGAAAUGGAGGGAAUUUAAAAGUGGCUUUACUGAACUCAAAUUAGAUUUACUAUUGUUUUCCAAUUACUUACCUGUACUGAAUAUUAUUCAAACAACACACGGGUUGUUUUAUUAAUUCUAAGGUUCAAUCUCUAAACGGAUUGAACCUUAGAAUGAAUCAAACAACCCGGGUUGAAAUUGAAAUUCUUUAAACUGAAAAGUUUAACUGAAAGGGAACUUAUUUUCUUCAACUAACGUUGAGUUUAAAUGUAAAUUGUAUGUCUGUAUGUCUAUUGUUUGUACAUUGUAUGUCAACUAUUUUCUCGACUAAAAUAAGACGGCAGUUCAGUUCAAA